CUUAAUGCUCUCAACGACCCUCAGUUUUCCACCAAAUCCUUAAUACUUUUGCAUUGCUGCUGUAUCUCUGUCGGCUUCUUUCUUCCACUCUCUGGGGUUUCCUAAUAUUAUUACUCUUCCUUUUCUUUUCUGGGAUUUCCCCGUUUCACAGUUUUGAUCUUUGGAGCUGCAAAUCAUGCAAGCAACUCAAGCAGCCACGAAUGAAGGUUCUGAUAAUUCACAAAAGACUGAUCUUCAGUUAAACAGAGAAGUUUCAGACAAUGGACCAAGUGGGAGGCGGCCAGAUAUUUCACUUCAAAUCCCACCGAGACAUGUAGGUUUUGGAAGUACACGUGGUGGAAGGUCUCUGGACCAUUCUCAAAGCUUCUCUAAAGGGCUUCCAUCACCACGAGGCAUUUUGCGGGCUUUGAGCCUCAAAAGGAAAGGCAAUACAGCAGAUGCUGAAAGAAGCAGCCUCCUCAAUUCAGACCCCAAGGCAGCUCCAGACAGUCCAAAUUUGGCCAACUUUCCACCCGCAAUUUCAUGGAAAAGAUGUACUUCUCUUCCUGUUACGCCUGCUACAAAUUUGUCCCCUUCAGUUUCUACACCUGCUUCUGCAAGGACAUACAGGGAACAACCUAAACGCCAUAAAGAUGCGGUUGCUGCUGGUUCCCAGGUUUCAAGGUCCCUCUCUGUGCCUGGGAGGAACAUGGUUAUUGUAAGAUCUUUGUCUUUUCCUGCCCGGAGUGAGCACGCACGGCAAGAUCAGAAUGAUGAUCAAAUAACUCCUGUGCCAGUAGAAGAUGCUGAUGAAGAAAUUCCUGAAGAGGAAGCAGUUUGCAGAAUCUGUUAUGAUGUUUGUGAUGAAAGGAACACCCUCAAAUUGGAGUGCAGUUGUAAAGGCGACUUGACACUUGUUCAUGAAGAAUGUGCAAUUAAAUGGUUUACCACAAAAGGAAAUAAGAAAUGUGAUGUUUGUGGCCAAGAGGUUCAGAAUCUACCUGUAACACUGCUUCGUUUGCCCAGCUCUGCUCAGACAGGAAGGAGACAGGCGCAGGGUCAGCAGAACAUGAAUCCUGAGACGUUAAGUGCUUGGCAAGACUUCGUGGUGCUUGUCCUAAUAAGCACAAUAUGCUAUUUUUUCUUCCUUGAGCAGCUACUGCUUCCUGACAUGAAGACUCAAGCAAUCAUUAUAGCAGCACCAUUUGCCUUUACCUUGGGUCUCCUGGCAUCUAUUUUUGCGGUCAUCCUUGCAAUAAAAGAGUAUAUAUGGACAUAUGCUGCUCUUGAGUUUGCUCUUGUGGCUAUAACAGUACACCUGUUCUAUACUAUGUUGCACUUGAAGCCCAUUUACGCAAUACUGCUUUCAUCAGUUUUGGGUUUUGGUAUGACUAUGAGCAUCAACUACGCAUAUAUCCAGUAUGUUUCUUGGCGUCUGCAAGUCUCCCAGGAUGCCAACCCAGUAUGAGUCUCCUCAACAUGGAUUUUUCUGUUUAUCUACUGACGUCACGAUCGACCCUGUGUUUGCCAAUCAAUCAAAUGCUGUAUCCUCUCUCUCUCUCUCUAUAUAUAUAUAUAUAUGUAUGUAUGUAUAUGAUGAAAUGUAUAACUAUUGGAAGGCAAGGGAAAAAAACAGAUUGUCUGGACUUUUAUGUUUAGGCAGUCUUUGUUGCAAAGCGGAUUUCACUGUCAAUAUCCAAGAUGAGUAAAUUUUCUUGCUAAUGGAUGCUGUAUAGCUUUCUGUUCAUCAAUAUACGAUGAUGUUAGGUAGGCCA